GGGUACGGUCGGGUUUUUUGCCUAAAAUAUACACUAAAUCUUUUUUCAAGGGGUGCGGUCGCCCACCCACGACUGUGGGUAGGUCGGCCACUGCAUGCAAUCCUAUAAAUGCUAGUGGCGAGAUGCCACAUUGAACUCAUAAGAAAAAAUGGAUAUCUUAUCUUACUUUCAUCCUUGGCUUCUCCCAACUGUUUUCCUUCUUUUCUUUUCAAGUUUCAUUAUACGAAAGAAGUCAUCCUUAGCAGCCUCUAUCCCUAACCUUCCCCCCAGCCCUCCAUGGUUUCCGAUAAUCGGUAACUUGCAUCAAGUGAUUGGCAAAAGCAUCCAUCAAAACCUUUGGAAAGUGUCCCAAAAAUACGGCCCCAUAAUGCUUCUGCAUUUGGGUUCCCAACCAUUUGUUAUAAUCUCCUCUUCUGAAUUAGCCGCCGAAGCGUUGAAAACUCAUGAUAACAUACUUUGUAACCGUCCAUACUCAAAGAGUUUAAAGCGACUAACUUUCAACUACAUGGACGUUGCCUUCUCCCCAUAUGGCGAUCAUUCGAAGAAAAUGCGCAAGGUUUUAGUAACCGAGUUUUUAAGUGCAAAGAGGAGUAAAUUGUUCAAACGUGUGCUCGAUACAGAGUUGAAGAACUUGCUUGAUACUCUAGCGUUUGAUACGGUGAUUAACCUUGAUAACAUGAUCUUGAAUCUUGUAACCGACAUUGUGUGCAAGAUUGCAGUGAGUAAGAGCUAUAGAGAAGUGAAGUUUAGGGGCACAACAAUGAAAGAGAUGCUUGAUGAAAUGUUAAUCUUGUUUCCUGGUUCCUUUUCCGAGAUUUUCCCCAAAUAUGGGUGGAUUUUGGAGGAUUUAAGCGGAUGGAGUCGUCGGCUAGACAAACAUAUGACUAAUUUCGAUGGCUUCCUCGAAAUGAUUCUAGAUGAACAUAUUGAUCAUACAAGUGAGGAUGAAAAAGAUCUUAUUGAUGCAUGUAGAUCAUCCUUGACCAGGGAUGAAAUGAAAAGCCUUUUGUCGAAUGUAUUCAAUGGAGCAAUUGAUACCACUAGUUUUACAACGGUGUGGGCAAUGUCUGAGAUUGUCAAAAAUCCUAGAGUUAUGCAUAGGUUACAAGAUGAAAUUCGAAGCCACUCCGGAUCAAAAUCUCGACUAGAUGAAUCGGAUAUUGCAAAGAUGACAUAUCUGAAAUAUGUGAUCAAGGAGACGCUAAGAAUUCACGCGCCUCCACCAAUGUUGCUUACGCGGGAAUGUGUAAGCCCUAUCAAGAUCGGUGGAUACGACAUAGUCCCAGGGACAAGAGUGUUGAUCAAUUCAUGGGGGAUUGGAAGGGAUCCGAGAGUUUGGUCCGAGAAUGCAAAUGAGUUUUAUCCGGAGCGAUUUGAAAAUCAAGUGGUGGAGAAGUUUGAGAUGAUCCCAUUUGGAGGGGGUCGAAGAUCUUGCCCAGGGUAUAACUUUUCGACUUCAGCUAUAGAAGUUUUGAUAGCAAACCUUCUUUACAAUAUUAAUUGGAAACUUCCAACUGGAAUGACAAACCAUGAUUUGGACAUGGAAGAGAAAGGCUCGUUGCUUGUUGCUAAGAAAACACCUCUUUGUCUUGUACCCAUCAAGAACAAUUGGCAAGCCUAGUACUCUAUGCAAUAACGCAUUCCCGUUUUCACACACAUAUCAGUUGUAUUAUUAUCUUCGGUAGUUUUUCUAAUAAAGUUACAGUUCCCAGUUCA